UACAGACAACAACCCUUGGGCCUUUACUUACUUACCUUCCGCCAACGCUCUCUCUCUCAAUUUCUCAAAUCAAGAUAAUUCACUCUCUCCCUCUCUUUCUUUUUUUCGUCUGAAUCAUUCUCUCCCUGUAAACCCCUUCGAAACCCUAAUCCUGCUCUCCUCUUCCCCCUUCGACAAUUCGACCCUUCAGUUCCAGAUUAUUUGGUUUCGUGCUGCUACUAUCAUUUCUCCUCGUUACCCAUAAAACUAUUUAUGGCUGAAGUUGAUAAACUCUUUGGUGAACAUGAUGGAGAGGAAGUACCUGAGAAUGUGACUGAACUUGAGGCUGAGACUGAGGACGCACAGCCACAGGAACCAGAACAGGCACUGGCACUGGCAGAGGAGGAGGCAGACGCUGAAGCAUUGGCUCAGGAACAAGAACGUGCUGUUUCACUGGCACAGUUACAAGAACAUGCACUGGCACAGUUACAGGCACAGGAACAAGAACAAGAACAUGUGCUAGCCCAAUUUCAGGCGCAGGAACAAGAGCAGGCACUGGCCCAGUUACAGGCGCAGGAACAAGAGCAGGCACUGGCCCAGUUACAGGCGGAGGAACAAGAACAGGCACUGGCCCAGUUUCAGGCACAGGAAGAAGUAGAAGUGCAAGAGGAGGAGUUGCAAGUGCCUGAACACAACCAAGAGCAUCAUGAGGAUGCUGUGGUUGGUGGAGGCGAGAAAAAGUGGCCUGGAUGGCCUGGUGAGAGCGUGUUUCGGAUGCUGGUUCCUGCCCAGAAGGUUGGCAGUAUAAUUGGACGCAAAGGGGAGUUCAUUAAGAAAAUAGUUGAGGAGACGAGAGCUCGGAUCAAAAUUCUUGACGGUCCUCCAGGAACAACUGAAAGAGCUGUAAUGGUUUCUGCUAAGGAGGAGCCUGAUUCUUCUUUUCCUCCUGCAAUGGAUGGCCUUUUGAGGGUUCACAAGCGGAUUAUUGAUGGUUUGGAUGGUGAUUCUUCUCAUGCUCCACCGGGCAUGGGUGGCAAAGUCUCCACAAGGCUGCUGGUGGCAGCUUCACAGGCAGGAAGUUUGAUUGGAAAACAGGGAGGAACUGUUAAAUCUAUUCAAGAAUCAUCUAACUGCAUAGUUAGAGUUCUUGGAGCAGAAGACCUGCCGAUUUUUGCUCUUCAAGAUGACAGAGUUGUUGAAGUAGUGGGUGAUGCAGUUGGUGUGCACAAAGCAAUUGAACUGAUUGCAUCUCAUCUUAGGAAGUUUUUAGUUGACCGCAGUAUAAUUCCAAUAUUUGAAAUGCAUAUGCAAAUGGCAAAUCCUCAGAUGGAACAUGCGCCCCCUCAUCAACAAUGGGGUCCACCCCAAGGUCUUCCCCACAAUGCUGGUGGGGGUCCUGGAUUUGGGCCUCCUAAUCCCCAGUACAUGCCACCUCCUCGGCAGCAUGACAAUUACUAUCCACAAGCUGACAUGCCCCCACCUAUUGAGAAACAGCCUCAUCAUGGUAUAUCAGCCUAUGGAAGAGAAGCUCCAAUGGGUGUCCACCAGUCAUCAAAUGCUCAAUCAGCACCUUCAAUGGUCACGCAGAUCACACAGCAAAUGCAAAUUCCGCUGUCAUAUGCUGAUGCUGUUAUUGGCACAGCUGGUGCAAGUAUAAGCUAUAUUCGACGAGCUAGUGGGGCAACUGUUACAAUACAAGAAACUAGGGGUGUUCCUGGAGAGAUGACUGUUGAAAUCAGUGGAAGUGCUUCCCAAGUCCAAGCAGCUCAACAACUGAUACAGAAUUUCAUGGCUGAUGCUGGAGCACCGCAGCCGACACAAACUGCUGGCUCUGUGGAUCAAGGUUAUAAUUCCUAUGCAGCUCAUGGUUCAGUAUAUUCAUCUCCCCCAUCCAAUCAAGGACAUGCAGGACAUACUGGUGGCUAUGGCUCAGUCUAUGGCUCACAUUAUGGGUACUAGAUAGGAACCUCAAUUUGGUUUUGUCAAAGAGAGACUAAAAUCGUUUAUUGUUGUGACUCGGUCAAUCAGAGAGUAGUUUCUUUAGGGCAGUUGUAUCGAUACUGUGCUUUAACUUUUCAAACUUCGUUUUUGAACUAGUAAAAUGUCAGAUUUAUCGUGUUCAUUA